AUGUUCAAGAUCAAGGUAAAUCAAAUCGUGAAAGAACUCAGUAGAGAGUGGCCUGGAAGUGCAUUUGAUUUGUUGUCCAAAAACUGCAACCACUUCUGUGAUGAAUUCUGUGAAAGGGUUGAUGUACCGAAACUUCCAGACUUUGGAAUACGCCCCUGCUGCAGCCACCUUAUGAACAUGCUAAGCAUUUUUCUUGACCCUGCUCUCGAAGAUUGGCCAAUUGAACAUGCUAUGCAUUUUGCCAAGCUUGAUGUUCAAAGAAAUAAAAUGUUUCCACGAUCCAUAUUAUCCUCCUCAUGUCAAGACUCUAUCAGUGAUUCCUAG